CUUCUGGCCCCGACGCGCCGUUGCCUCUGGAGACUGCGACUAUUCCCCCCUUGGUUCAGUGUGUUGAUCCCCCAAGAAGCCUGUCUGUCCCCUCUGGGUAUCGUGCAUUUCAAGUUUAACUUCACAGCACGACUUCCAAUCUACUAGCAAUUGCCUGCGUCGACAACUGCGGCAUCGCUCUCGAUAUCGUCUACUUAACUGGUAUCCCUCAGCUUGGACUGCAGCAUUGAGGCUCACACGCCUCGGCAAGAUCGCUAGACGGAAUCGUCUUUGUGAUCGGCCGGCUUCACUUGCAGCAGGAACAACCCUUUCUUUCUGCCACAGCCGCGUCACCACAACUUGACCCUCUUUUUUCUCUCUUGAGAAAUGGCUGUUAGCAGCACGCCACUCUCGCCCAAAUCACAACACGACCUCAACAUGGUCAUGCCAAUGCCUCCACCUCUCCUGCACACUCGUUCGGGAAACGAGCUGUACGAGCGUCCUCAGACCCCCACCACUCCCGGCGGUAACCAUGGUUUCACCAGUCCAAUGCAGACUCCUCAAGGCAGCCCGAGCAAGAAACAACUUCCACCUGGCGCUAAUGACCUGCCUAACGUGUUCGAAAAUGCCAUGAAACUCAAUCCCAUGUCGCCCACAAAGAGCCAACCCAAGUCUCCCACGAAACAAGCCCUGUCCGCGGGAGAUGACAACAUUGCCAAAGACCCUUUCGCCGAUCCUCCUACUCAUCAUCAUAGCCGUGCUGAGAGCCCAACACGUCAAUCCAACAAAGAAAAUGCGCCUGCGUCAGGAUUGCGCUUCGGAAAGGAUUUUCAACAAAAUCAUGCUGCCAUUUCCAGACAGGAACAGUAUCAGCCUACAGAAUCCAGGAAGACAAUCACCCGCGGCCUAACUACCGAGGAAAUGCAAAAGCUCCAGAUGCCUAAGCUCAAACGUCUCGCGAACGUGACACAACUGUACUUCCUUGAUUACUACUUCGAUCUUCUCUCCUACGUCCAUAACCGACAAGCCAGAGAAGCGGCCUUCAAAGCUUCAUUUCCGCCUCCACCAGAGACUCCCAAGGAGGAAUACGAUGCCGCUCGACACAAAUAUUUGGGUCGCGAACGUGCCAAUCUACGCAAACGUCGAACUCGUCUCCGACAUGGCGACUUCCAGAUCUUGACACAGGUCGGCCAAGGUGGCUAUGGUCAGGUCUAUCUGGCUCAGAAAAAGGAUACACGAGAAGUCUGCGCGCUCAAGGUCAUGCGGAAGAAGCUGCUCUUCAAAUUGGAUGAAGUGCGACACAUCCUGACGGAGAGAGACAUUCUGACUGCUGCCAAGUCGGAGUGGUUGGUCAAACUACUGUACUCAUUCCAGGAUGAGGAGCAGAUCUACCUGGCCAUGGAGUACGUCCCUGGCGGUGACUUCAGAACCUUGCUCAACAACACUGGCGUCCUUCACAAUCGUCAUGCACGCUUCUACAUUGCAGAAAUGUUUUCAUGUGUUGAUGCUCUACAUACCCUAGGUUACAUUCAUCGCGACUUGAAGCCUGAGAACUUCUUGAUUGAUGCCACCGGCCAUGUCAAACUCACCGAUUUUGGUCUUGCCGCUGGAAUGCUGAGCCCGAUCAAGAUCGAGAGCAUGAGAAUCAAGCUUGAGGAGGUUGGAAACACGCCUGUGCCAUUUGGUAUCACCCCGGUUGAAGAUCGGUCGGCUGAUCAGCGACGCGAGGGAUAUCGCUCUCUUCGAAAGAAGGACAUCAACUAUGCCAAGUCCAUUGUUGGUUCGCCCGACUACAUGGCUCCCGAGGUUCUCAAAGGCGAACAGUACGACUUUACGGUCGACUACUGGUCUCUCGGGUGCAUGUUGUUUGAGGCAUUGGCCGGAUAUCCUCCCUUUGCCGGAGCCACUGUGGACGAAACAUGGCAGAAUCUGAAGAGAUGGCAACGUGUCCUGCGGAAACCCAUUUACGACGAUCCAAACUAUUUCCUCAGCAAGCGCACCUGGGAUCUGAUCACUCGGCUUGUUGCCGCGAAGGAGCAUCGGUUCAAGAACAUCUCGGAGAUUCACAAGCACGAAUACUUUGCCGAAGUAGAUUUCAAUACCUUGAGAGAGCAGAAAGCGCCCUUUGUUCCAGAGCUUGAUUCUGAGACGGAUGCUGGUUACUUCGACGACUUCAGCAACGAGGCUGAUAUGGCCAAGUACAAGGAAGUGCAUGACAAGCAGAGAGCUCUAGAAGAGAUGGCCGAGCGGGACGAAAAGAUGGGCAAGAGUUUGUUUGUCGGAUUCACCUUCAGACACCGCAAACCCGAUGCCGAUUCAAGCCCGAGAAAGCGCAUCGAGACCGAUGGCACUUUUGGAACUAUUUUCUGAGGUCUUUCGAGAUGACAGUAGGCUGUGCCUCGUUCUCGGACUUUUCUCUUUCACUUCGAACAUGUGCAACGUCUUCGGUCAAGACUGUGGUUACAAAGCGGGCUGGAUAGGGGGUGUUUGGGCGGUGGUGACGGUGUCUGAUGUAUUGAUUCCGGGCAGAGCAACAGACGCUCGAUGAAUGAUGCGUCUGGUAGCGGUGCAAAUCGGUCCCUCCCCUCCCUUCGUGAGCAGGAGAUGCCAGGCCAUUGUGCUGGAUAUGUAGGUGUCGUAGGAGUCUUUGGGUCUUUGAGUCUUUUCAUCCAGGGGCUGGAAUGCAGGCUGGGUACUGUUUUGCAAAUGAUGGGGAAUGAGAAUGGCCAGCAAUCACUACUAUGGAUAGACCAUGAAUGAGUAGUACGUCUUGAUUACCUACUAUUAAGCAACAUGACUGAGUGCAACGAA